AUGUCCAACGACAAAACCACCCAGAUACCGCCUGGACGGCCGGGAAACCUCACCCCCGAGCAGGAGCUCAAGCUAAAGGAGCUCUGGAUCGCGCUCGCCAAGAUCACGGGUAUUCCGUUCGACGAGCUGGCGAGCAACGGCGGCGAGGCGGAGGGCAGCGUGGUCAAUGGGACCGAUGCAUCGGGCACGCCCGCCUCGUCCAUCGCCGAGUCGGAGGGCAGCGGAAAGGGCGAGAAGAAGAAGAGCAAGCGGCUGCACAUAUUCAAGCACAAGAAGGGCGACAAGGAUGCCGAGAAGGCGAAGGAUCAAACAUCGGCGCCGGCGGAGGUGGACGUGGGGAACCUGUCACUGGAGGAUGACAAGCACGGCCUGAACAAGGCCUUCCAGACGGCGCUGGCCGAGACGACGCCCGAGGAGCUGCGCGCCUCGCUGUGGUCCAUGGUCAAGCACGACAACCCGGACGCGCUGCUGCUGCGCUUCUUGCGCGCGCGCAAGUGGGACGUGCAGGCCGCGCUGAUCAUGCUGAUCUCUGCCCUCCGCUGGCGCGCUACUGAGAUGCACGUCGACGACGACAUUGUCCACAAGGGCGAGGGCCAUGCGUUCGAGCAGUCGAAGAGCGAGGACGCCGCGGUCAAGAAGGAGGGUGAGGACUUCAUGACGCAGCUGCGCAUCGGCAAGAGCUUCGUGCACGGCGUGGACAAGGAAGGCCGGCCAAUGUGCUACGUCCGCGUCAGGUUGCACAAGCCAGGCGAGCAGAGCGAGCAGAGUUUGGAGCGAUUCACCGUGUACCUGAUCGAGACGACGCGCAUGAUGCUGAGCCCGCCGGUAGACACGGCAGUCAUCGUCUUUGAUAUGUCCGACUUUUCUCUCGCAAACAUGGACUACACUCCCGUCAAGUUCAUGAUCAAGUGCUUUGAAGCAAAUUAUCCCGAAUCCCUCGGUUCCGUUUUGGUGUACAAGUCUCCCUGGGUCUUCCAAGGAAUUUGGUCCAUUAUCCGUGGUUGGCUCGACCCAGUCGUUGCCAGCAAAGUCCACUUUGUCAAGACCGCCGAUGAGCUUGCCGAGUUCGUACCGCGCAGCAACAUCCCGACGGAGAUGGGCGGUGAUGAGAAGUGGACUUACACGUACGUCGAGCCCAAGGAAGGCGAGAACGCGGUUAUGAAAGACACAGAGGCUCGAGAAAAGCUACAAAACGAGCGUGACGACAUUGUGGCCCAAUACGAGCAGGCGACUGCGACGUGGGUCAAGAAUGCAGCGAGCGACGAGGCACAGAACAGGAAGGAGAGGGAAGAGCUGACGGAGAAGCUGCGUGACAACUACUGGAAGAUGGACCCGUACCUCAGGGCAAGGACGCUAUACGAUCGCACUGGUGAUCUGGGUCCGACGGGAAAGUUGAACUUUUAUAAGAAGUGA